AUGCGGAGCCUGCUCUGUGUCCCCCUCCUCCUCCUGCUGCUCUCCGCGGGAGAGUCCGCGGUCAUCACCGGGGCUUGUGACAAAGAUCUGCAGUGUGGUGAAGGCAUGUGCUGUGCUGUUAGUCUCUGGAUUCGAAGCAUACGAAUAUGUACACCACUGGGCAGCUCGGGAGAAGAUUGUCAUCCUUUGAGUCAUAAAGUUCCAUUUGACGGACAAAGAAAACAUCACACCUGUCCAUGCCUACCCAACUUGGCUUGUGUUCAGACUUCUCCUGGCAAAUACAAAUGUUCACCUGAGUUCAAAAAUGUGUUUUUUUUAGCAAGACCAUGGUGA